AUGGCACCGCCCACCAUCAAGGUCAAUGACCUGACCUACUCCUUCCCGGACCGCAGCACCGGCGUGUCCAACAUCAGCCUGGACCUGCCGCCUCGGUCGCGGACGCUGCUCAUCGGCGCCAACGGCGCGGGCAAGACGACGCUGCUGCGCCUGCUGGCGGGCAAGCGCCUGGCGCCGCACGGGGCCAUCCAGAUCGCCGACGUCGACCCCUUCAAGGACGGCCUCGAGGGCGUCACGUACCUGGGCCUGGAGUGGGUGCUCAACCCCAUCGUGCGCACCGACAUCGGCGUGGGCGAGCUGCUGCGCUCCGUCGGCGGCGACGCCUACCCGGACCGCCGCGACGAGCUGGUGGCCGUGCUCGACAUCGACCUGGCCUGGCGCAUGCACGCCGUGUCGGACGGCGAGCGCCGCCGCGUGCAGCUGGCCAUGGGCCUCGUGCGGCCCUGGACGGUGCUGCUGCUCGACGAGAUCACCGUCGACCUCGACGUCUGGAGCCGCUCGCAGUUCCUGUCCUGGCUGCGCCGCGAGACCGAGUCGCGCGACGCCACCGUCGUCUACGCCACCCACAUCCUCGACAACCUCGCCGGCUGGCCCACCCACCUCGUGCACAUGCACGUCGGCACCGUCCGCGAGUGGGGGCCCGCCCGCGAGUUCCUCGAGUCGGUGCCGGCGACGUCGGGCAACAGUCAGCUCGGCGACCUGGUGCUCGGCUGGCUGCGCACCGACCUGCAGGACCGGGGCCCGCGGAGCCAGAACCGGCGCGGGCCCGAGGGCAAGACCUACGGCUUUGGCGGCAUCACGGGCGUGGGCGGCUACGGCGACGAGUCCAAGGCCAAGCCCAGAUAG